AUGAAUAUUCUUUCAAAUUCAUCUUCAAAAUUUCUAUUAAGAAAUCCAUUUAUUCGCUCAUUCCAUAUAACAUCUAUAAAUUAUGCUCUACCAACAAAAGCUAAAAAGAAAGCUGAUCCAAUGACGGAUAAAAUACGAGAAGAUCGUAAACGACGUCGUUAUGAAAAAGCUAUAGAUAAACUUGAAAAAUUUAAACUUCAACUUAAACCUAUACAUGAAUAUGAAUCUGAAAGAAGAAUUCUUAAAGAACUUAAUAUUCGACAGCGUUCAUCUGUCGAAUUAACAUCAGAAGAAACAACUCGUCGAUUAAUGUUAAAUCGUGACUGGGCUAAACAUAAACAUCGACAACAUCAACAAGAAAUAACAUUUAUUUCUCGUGCUCUUAAGUCACAAGAAAGUGCACUUGAACAAUUAAAAAUUGAAAGCGAAGAACUUUAUGAACAAGCUUUACAGGUAGAUUCAAAAUUAAUCCCAUUUCUUCGUCGUGGGCCUCUCUAUAGUCUUCCAAAUCAAAAUUAUGAUGCACCCGAUGGUGAUUAUUUUGAUACGACAAAUUAUUUCACAAAAGGUUUUGGUGUUAAUUUCAUGGAGCAUAUGAAAACAAUGGAACGUCAAAAAUGGACAGAAAUUCGAGCUGAAAGACGUGCUAAAAAAGAAGAAAAAGUUGCUGAAAAAUAA